AUGGAGAGGAAACCAGGUCAGGCAGCUGCCAUCAGCUUAAACCAAGGGGACCAUGGCAACCUUGGGAGGAUAGUGCAUCAGAAAAUGUCAUUUGGAUCAUUUCCACGGGCAAAUCUGACAGAUCUCAACAUUUGGAAGGACAUGGCAAAUGGGACAAGUGUGGAAGAAUUCAUCCUUCUUGGCUUCCCAGGCACAUGGCAAUUCCGAGUUUCCUUUGUGGUGGUAUUUGCACUGAUAUACACCCUGACAAUAAUAGGCAAUGCAUCCAUUAUAGCCCUUGUGUGGAGAAGCAGCAACCUACACACCCCAAUGUACUUUUUCCUCUGUAAUCUCUCCUUUCUGGAGAUCUGGUAUACUACGGGUGUUGUUCCCAAAGCCAUAGGAGUCCUGCUGGGGACUAGCCAGACCAUCUCCUUCAGUGUCUGUAUCCUCCAGUUGUUCUUUCUUCUCUCUCUAGGCUCAACUGAGUGUUUUCUCCUGUCUGUAAUGGCCUAUGACCGCUACUUAGCCAUAUGCUACCCCCUGAGGUAUUGCUCCCUCAUGAGCAGUGUCCUCUCUGUUCGGCUGGCACUCAGCUCCUGGCUGGGAGGCUUUUUGGCCAUUUCCCUGCUGGCCUUUCUGACAUCCAGGCUGACUUUCUGUGGGCCAGAUAUCAUCAAUCAUUUUCUAUGUGACAUAGAUUCCUGCCUUGCCCUCUCCUGCAGUGAUACAUGGCCUGUGGAGCUGGCAACCUUUCUCAUCUCCAUAAUUGUUGUGGUGGCCUCCUGUGUGGUCACCCUGGUCUCCUACAUGUACAUAAUCUCUUCCAUCCUGCGGAUCCAGUCAGCCCAUGGCCGGAAAAAGGCCUUUUCCACCUGCUCUGCCCAUCUCAGUGUUGUCACCAUCUGGUAUGGCUCCACCAUGUUCCUGUAUGUCAAGCCAUCAGCCCAGAACUCCCUGGAUCUGAACAAAAUUGUGAAUACCUUUAACACAGUGGUAACUCCUUUGUUGAACCCCUUCAUUUACACACUCAGAAACAAAGAGGUGAAGCUUGCUCUGGGACAGGCUUUCCGGAAAAAGUGA